ACCACAGACUUUUACAAGAUAACGUCGCACUUUCAGUCAGCAUAGCUGUUUUCCGUGUUCUGAAUUGGCUGUCAAUCUCGCUGACGAGCCACACACCGCUUUCAUGAAUAUUGCCCUGCUCGACCUGCAGACCAGAAAUGCAUUGCCCGAGUACAUAGAGUACGAGCUGCGAGAAGAUGGGCUUGUACGAUGUGUGGAAUUUAAUCGGAAAGGAACUCUGUUAGCCGCUGGGUGCAACGACGGCAGAACGGUAAUUUGGGACUUUGAAACAAAAGGCGUUGCAAAAAUCCUAAUCGGGCACGUUUUACCGAUCAGCUCUGUGAGCUGGUCGAAGAACGGGAAGAAGCUGUUGACGGCGUCGCUUGAUUGGAACGUUAUUUUGUGGGACUUACUCAAUGGAACCCCAGACGUGAAAAUUCAAUUUGAAUCGCAAGUCAUGAAGGCCGUCUUACAUCCACGUGAUCCGAAAUGGUGCUUGGUCAGCUCUUGGAUGGAGUGUCCCUAUCUUGUAAAUUUGGAAACGCUCGAAAAAUUCCAAUUGGUGCACGACGCGUGGCGCGCGGACCUACCUCAGGACGAUAUCUGUUUUGAUCCAAAGAACACGUCUAUUCAUACGACGGCUGUCUUUGCCGACAAUGGCGACACAAUCUACACUGGAGACUCGCUGGGUUUCGUUUGCGUUAUCGACACGAAACUGCUCACGCUCCGCCACAGCUUUCGACUACCCUGCGGCGCCGCGAUUAAAUCACUGGUCUUCUCCAAGGACAAACGACGCGUGCUUUUGAAUUGCAGCGACAGAAUAAUUCGUGUGUGGGAUGUUGCAACUCACACACAAUUAUUUGAAUUGACAGAUGCUGUCAGCAAACUACAGUGGAAAGCAGUCUGCUUUACGUCAGAUGGCGAGUACAUCGUCGGAGGCUCUGCGCUGAAGCGAGAGCAUAAAAUAUACAUCUGGACAAAUCCGUUGAAUGGAUCUGGGACCAUUUGGAGAUUGCUAGAGGGCCCAAAAGAGGGAGUUCUUGAUCUAGUGUGGCAUCCUGUCCAGUCAGUGUUAAUUUCGGUGAGCAACGCUGGUGUCAUCUACGUCUGGAACGCUCAUCUACCGGAACGAUGGGGCUCCUUUUGUCCUAGUUUUGUGGACUUGAAAGAGAAUGAGGAAUAUCUGGAGCGAGAAGACGAAUUCGACCUUUCGAACUCGUCUGAAUCCGAAGGAACCAAGAAACUUGAGACGGAUAGCUGUUCAGUCGAUAUUACAACAGUCGACAAAAUAAAUGGCUCAAAUUCUGAUGAAGAAGAUUCAUUUCAUCUUCCUGUCUAUAUUAUCCCAGACAGCUACGCACAGCCAGAAUCCUCCUCUGCCUCAGAACAUUGUCAAGAUCAAGAUAAGCUAGCUCUUGAGUCUUUGGCGCGGAAGCGUAAAGAAAAAGAAUGAUGCCAUUUUUAAUGUUUUUUGCCUAGCUCUCUCAGACCUGAUUGUCACAAACAGCGUCAGAGAAGAAGACCCGAAUUUUAUGUUCCGGUCCUAGCUGUAAUUUUUAUAGGUGUUGUGUGUAUAAUACAUCCCCUUUUCUUACACCC